AUGCCUAAUAGUAAGUCCAAUUUAUUAAUUAAAACUUAACGAAAGUAGAUCCCAAUCAUAUUUGUUAUUUUAUAGUCAAUUUUAUUAAUUAAUCUUAUUUUUGUAAUAGAUUAAUCAACCAUUAUGCUUUUAUUAAAUAUUGCCCAGCAAGAUUGCAAUUCUUGUAAUUAUAAAUAGAAGCCAGUGAAUAAAAAAACAUGGAAUUUGUUGUUGAAAGAAAAGACACAUUAAGAGCAUAUUCUUACUCUUAUUUUUAAAUAAUAAAAAUCUAAAAGUCCUUUAAUCCUUUAUAGAGGUAAAAUAGAAUACAAAAUUAAUUUUAACAUAAAGGAAGACUUUUUGCAUUUAGAUAGAUAUAAUUUCGAGCAAUUUUAUUUUGAAUUUCUAGCAAUCUUAAUUUGUCAUAAUGUCACGAGCUUCUAAAAAUGUUUACUGAGAUGUCAUAUCUCUUUUUAAUAAGGCAGGUAUUCAGACAAUCGAAUUUUCAAAAAAUUUAAUCAGUUGACUGGAAAUCUUGGAUAUUACUUUGAAAAUAUCAAAUUAGAUUUCUAACAAUUCCAGUUUAAUAAUCUUACGAUACUGAAAAUGAUUUUGAAAAAGUGCUAAUUUGAAAAAGAUAAAUUGCAAAAGAUACUAUUAAGUUUAAAUUCCAGAAGCAUAUAAGUAGUUUAUAUUGAUCUAUCUUAAUGUGAUUAACGCUUUACAACCUAGGAAUAGACAGAAUUAUCAAGAAAUUUAGAGAGAAAAAGAAUAUAUGUUUUUAUUAAGACAUGGUUUAUUAAAAUAAUUAAGACAUAGUUAUUUUAUAUUAUUUAUUUUCUCUGUCUGCUAUUAAGAUUAAUAUCACUAGCUAGCACGAUGAAGACUAGCUUAUCUACUAUAUUAAUUACAAUUAAUAUAGGAGUAUAUCGUAAAGAUAGUAUAUAUAAGACAGCCGAAUUUGUUUCGAUCUAAUCUAAAUAUAUCUUCUUUACUGUUUAUAUUAGAUUUGGAUGGAAUAAUAUGAAAAUUCAUAUUAUGUAAUUAUUGAAUUAUUGACAAAUAGAUUCCUCGGAUAAGGAAUGCUUUCUUUUCUUAAGUUCAUUUUAUGA